CAGAAUUGCAUACACUUAUCUUCAAUUCAAUGGCAUUCAGUUCACCCUCUUCCUCUUUCUCUUCUUCUUGUCCUUUCAUUCCUAGAUGGUCUUACGAUGUAUUCUUAAGUUUUAGAGGAACAGAUACUCGCAAUACUUUUACUGUCCAUCUAUACCUUGCUCUAUGUCAAAGGGGAAUCAAAACCUAUAAAGAUGACAAAGAUAUUGAAAGAGGAGAGAUAAUUUCACCUACACUUAUCAAAGCUAUUGAGGAGUCCAUGAUUUCCAUAAUUGUAUUAUCUCCAAACUAUGCAUCAUCUACAUGGUGUUUAGAGGAGUUAACCAAGAUCAUUGAGUGUAAGAAAAUAAAACAACAAAUUGUUUUACCAAUAUUUUACCAUGUAAAUCCAUCAGAAGUACGAAAUCAGAGUGGAAGUAUUGGAGAAGCAUUGGCUAAACAUGGAGAGAGGUUUAAGGAGGACCCCAAGAUGCAGAGGUGGAAGGAAGCCCUACAAGAGGUUGCUGGUUUGGCUGGAGAACAUUUGGAAGACAGGAAUGAAUCUGAAUUUAUCGAUAAAAUUAUUCGAUGGGUGGAUUCUAAAAUAGAGAGAUAUACAUACCAAUUAGACAUUGCUGAGCAUCCAGUUGGACUAGAGUCUCGUCUAAAAGACUUGAAUACUAAGUUAGGAAUUGGAAGGAAUGACAUUACUCUCAUGAUAGGGAUUUAUGGAACUGGUGGGAUUGGUAAAACAACUAUCGCCAAAGCAGUCUUUAACUCAAUUGGACAACGAUUUGAAGCUAGAUGUUUUCUAGCAAAUGUUAGAGAGAUUUCAAGUCGAGAGGACGGUCUGGUCAAACUACAAGAAAAACUUCUUCGUGAGCUCUUAGGAAACUUUGGAAGUUUUAAUAUUAGCAGUGUUGGAGGUACUAAUGUUAUAAAGCUUGGGCUUUGCUUUAAAAGGGUACUUCUAAUUCUUGAUGAUGUGAAUGAGUCACGCCAAUUAAAAGAAUUAGCUGGAAAUAACAAUUGGUUCGGUCCAGGAAGUAGAAUUUUAAUAACAACAAGAGAUCAACAUCUAUUAACUUAUCAUCAAGUUGAUUCAAUGUACGAAGUGCAGGGAUUGGACGACAACCAAGCUAUUCAGCUAUUUAGUUGGCAGGCAUUUAAAAGAGACAAGCCAGUUGAAAGUUAUGUAAAACUCACAAAUUGUAUAAUAGGUUAUGCUAAGGGCCUUCCACUAGCUCUUAUAGUACUUGGUUCAGAUUUGUGUGGUAGAAGUAUACAAGAAUGGAAAAGUGCAUUGGAAAUGUAUGAAAGAAGUCCUCACAAGGAUAUUUAUGAAAUUCUUAAAAUAAGUUAUGACGGGUUGGAUGAUAAUGAAAAGGAUAUUUUCUUGGACAUUGCAUGUUUCUUCAAGGGGAACUCUAUAGAAUAUGUCACAAAAAUACUAAACAGUUGUCGUUUUUCAUCAUCUAUUGGCAUUGCAAGGCUUCAAGAUAAGUGUCUCAUCAAUAUUCGUGAUCAGUGUGUGGAGAUGCAUGACUUAUUGCAAGAAAUGGGUAAAGAAAUUGUUCGACAAGAAUCGUCUAAAGAAGCUGGCAAACGUAGUAGACUCUGGUUUCAUGAAGAUGUUUGCCAUGUUUUAGAAGAAAAUACGGGAACAAACAAAAUUGAAGCGAUUUUGUUAGAUUUUCCUGAAGGAGAUGACAUGAUAUGCUUGCAUUCCAAGGCCUUUAUGAAGAUGAGCAAUCUUCGACUGUUUAUAAACUUGAAUGCGCAAUUUUCUGCAGGACCGAAUUAUCUCUCUAAUGAAUUAAGAGUAUUUUAUUGGCCUCAAUAUCCUUCAUCAUUUUUACCUUCUAAUUUUCGUGGAAAUAAUCUGGUUGAAUUUAAAAUGCUUGAUAGCCUCAUCAAGGAGUUAGGCGGCCUAAAAUUCAAGAACUUGACAGAUAUGGAUUUAUGUUGUUGUAAAUUCUUAACAAAAAUUCCUGAUCUUUCAAGCAGCCCAAAUUUAGAGAAGUUAAAUCUUAGAAAUUGUGAGAACUUAGUUGAGGUUCAUCACUCUGUUGGAUUCCUUGAUAAACUUUUGAGAUUUUAUGUUGGUGGAUGCUGCAAGCUUAGGAUUUUGCUUAAAAGAUUGAAGUUAAGAUCUCUACGUUCUUUUAAGCUUGACUUUUGCUCGAGUCUUGAAGACUUUCCAGAGAUUGAAUGUGAAAUGGAAUUUUUACAUGCAUUAAAUCUUCGUGGCACUGGCAUAAAAGAACUACCUUCAUCAAUUGAGAACGUCAAAGGACUUAAAAAGUUAUAUCUAACCAGUUGUUGUCUGAAAAAAUUACCUUCCUCAAUUGAUAGCCUUACUCGGCUUGAAGAAUUAUAUGUAGCAGGCAGCAUUGAUCAGUUGCAAAGUCUAUGUAUUGUCAAAGUACUCAAUAGUUUUUCACAACCAAUAGACAUUGGAAGGGUGGAGGAGGAUGGUGUACAAUCCAUGCCAUCUGUAGAAUUGACUUCAACAAAUUCAAGCAUCUUUAAUGAUGUAGGUUCCUCCGCAAGUACGAUUUGGAAAUCGCUACAAGUUUUAAGUCUUCGGUUCUGUUGCCUGUCAGAAUCAAAUUUCUUCACGAAGGGUAGUUACUUUCCUGCUUUGGAUAGGUUAGAUCUAAGUGGGAGUGAUAUUGUUAUAUUUCCAGCUCAAGGUGUCAAAUUUGUUAGCUUGACAUACCUUUGUUUGAACAAUUGCAAGAAACUUGAAGAAAUUUUACCUCUUCCAUUGAGCAUAGCAAGUGUUCACGCUCGUGAAUGCACAUCAUUGGAAAGUUUUGCACUACUAUAUGAAAUACUCAUUAAAAACAAUGGAACGAAUUAUCCUAACCUCCGAAGGAUUGACUUGUACGGAUGCCAUAAACUGCUUGCGAAUAUGAGGCUGAUUCCUUAAUGGGAAUAGGUAUGUACAUCUCUUUUCC